AGCUCAGCACUGCGCUCUACAUCCAUGAGGCUCCUGCCUGGACGUUUGGAUUCUCUCUGCACAGCAACACAGCCGUGAUACGGUGCUGGACAGCGUAACAUUGAGCUGUGUUUUACCAGCAGGGCUUUGGGAGAUAGAGAGGGAAUAAUAAGGCGGGGAGGGGGGGGCAACCUUACCACACACUUGAGCGAUGUUCCGUGAGCUUCUCUCUCUCGUGUUUCAGAGCGUCAGGCGUUUCUACACAGAGACCUGGGACUAAUGGAGGGAUGCAAUGAUGUUACUCUUUGCUUGUCAUGCUUGAAUCACAGCUUCAUAUAUCCUUUUGUGUCAGAGACCUUAUUGUCUUCGUCUGUCACCGCCGCCAGAUCAACUGUGGGGUAGCGUGGCGGACAGAGCCCCCUCCUCAACCCCCCUCUCCCUUGUCUGUGCCCCCGGCUUCUCAUCACUCCCAGCUCGCUCGUGUCUAUUUACCUCUCUUAAGCUACCCUCCCCUCUCUGUUAAGCUCCGUCUUUCUUGCUCUCCUGCUCCCGACUGCUUACUAUCUCCCUCUCUUUGCUCCUUCAAAGCAGGCAGUGUGCUAUUCUAUCCAAGCAGCUUGCUACAUGAUCUCCUGGAGAACAGUUUUCGCCGCUGCUCUGCCUCCUUACAAUUCCCGAGCUCUUCCAGAUUUUCAUCUCUACUACGGCAGGAUGUUCCUUCGCAAGGAUUGAUCCCCAUUCGCCCCCUUUCACUCUCCCCUUCCCCUCCCUCGUCCUGAUCUCCUGCCCUCUGACCCUCACCCUCUUGUUCUCUACCCCCACCCUUUCUCUCCUGUUCGCCCUUACCCCGAGCCUUGUCCCCCCAUAAUUCAUUUCACCCCCUUGACCAUGUUGCCAUGUGUCUGCUGGCUCCAACUUAUCCUCAUCUUGCUGUCCUCUGUCUUAUGGACCCGGGGGGAAAACUGCCCAGCAACCUGCCUGUGCCCAGAUCCUCACACCGUGGACUGCAGCGGCCGCGGGCUGACCCGUCUACCCAGUGAGAUCCCCUUGGACGUGCGCAGGCUGUUGCUGGCUGACAACUGGAUACCCAGCAUCCCCUCGGACUUCCUGGUUCUGUACAGUGACUUGGUCUACCUGGACCUCCGGAACAACUCCCUCUCCCACAUAGAACCGGGGACACUCAGCACCUCUUCCAGGCUGGUCUUCCUGGACUUGGGCAGCAACAAUCUGACUGAAAUCCCCAAGGGGACUUUUGGGGAGUCUCGGAGCCUCAUCAAACUACGGCUGGGCAAUAACCCUUAUCUGAGCAUGGUGAACGAGGAUGCGUUCCUCGGCCUCACCUCUCUGAGAGAACUGGAACUGGAGCGUAAUGCACUGUCGACGCUACAGGUGGGGGCACUGAGUCAGUUGCCCUCCCUGCGGGCAGUGAGGCUAGAGGGCAACCCCUGGGUGUGCAACUGCAACUUUGCCAGCCUGUUCGCAUGGCUGAUGGAGAACAGUCACAAGCUUCCAAACGGGGUGGAAGGCAUGGAGUGCUCCCUCCCCAUGGACGGCAGACGUGUAUCCCUGACCCAGCUCUCCAAGGACAGCUUCCGUGAGUGCCAGGCCACCCUGACUCUAACAGACCUGCUCAUCAUAAUUUUCUCUGGCAUCUCAGUGUCUGUGGUGGCCAUCAUGACAAGUUUCUUCCUGGCUUCAACUGUUCAUUGCUUCCAGCGCUGGAGCAAAGGCACCAAGGGGGAUGAGGAGGAAAGUGAGGAGUGAGAAGGGUUUCGUUUUAAGGGGCCGUGCGGUCCUGGUACUGAAAACAAUGAGUGGACACCGCGGACAGUGUGUUAGACACCGCAGACAGUGAGUUAGACACCGCAGACAGCGUGUUGGACACCACAGACAGUGUGUUGGACACUGCAGACAGUGUGUUGGACACCACAGACAGUGCGUGCUACAUGUGACAAGUUUCAUGCUGCCUCCUCCCUGGUAAAUAUCCAGGGCUGUUUAACGAUAGGAUCUUGUUCUGGUACGGUCACAGUUGUUUUCUUUGCACAAUGAAAUACGGUAACAAAAGACAUUCCCAAGGAAUGAGCCAGUCCCAAUAAAAAAAAUAGUGCGUGCCCUGCUGCUCCACUUGCAAAAUGAUAUUAUAGAGAUCGUAUUUUUGGCUGUGAGAGCCUGUGGUCAUCUUUUAUGACUGCUGGCUCUUGGCUUAAUGUUGUAGGCCUACAGCGAGGCUAACUCUUUUGUAAUGAGAGAGUAAACGAUUUAAAAAAAAGCGUUGCUGCAGGGCUGUCACAUUAGUCUUAGACAAGGCGAUAACUUCUAAACGUGUAAUCACAUUGGACACCCUGAAAUCCUGUAAAGUGACAUCAAAGUUAAGGCAAACUUUUGGGUGAUUUUUAUGGGGCUUUAUCUGAGCAGAAUCCACAAUCCCAUUAACAAAAGGUUGUCAUACCAACCAAUGACCUCAGUAAUUAACUGCCUAUAUAACAUGAUAUGCUGGCAUAUCCUGCCAUUUAAAAUGUCUUUUUUGGACAGCCUCACUCAUAUUCAAAAGUGGUUCACAAGCCACUGUUGUUGGCAAAUACUGUUGUUCCUUCUGCAUGUAAAAUUAGACAGAGGUGUCGGUCGAGGAGGAAGGAUAACGGUGAGAUGUUACUGUUGGAAGCUGAUGCACUGUAGGCAGGAAGAGUUUCAGGUGGGUCUACGCAUUCUUCAGCAGUAUACUCAUUAUGUAACCACAAAUUUAUGUACAAAAAGAAAACAAUGUACAGUCAAAACAAACGUAAAUCAAGAGCAUAUACUGUUUGUUCCUUAGAUUGAUAACUGUGACCUGUGUAGAAAGAUAACAGUAUAAUCUUGAAAAUUAUGGCAAAUACGGUAUUAAAAAUAGAACCUACGUAGAACUACUGUGUCAAAUAACGCACUUUAUGGUGAACCUAAUUUUGGCAAGCCCCUAAUUACACUAUGUAGACUGGUUUUGUCUUCAUCUGCCAAAGAUUAGGUUUAGGUGAAGGAGAGAUUGCAUAUAAGGACUUUGUCGUGGAUGUGAUUUAGUAAGGUAGGGAUAGCUCCUUACCAGAAGGCAGCACUAUAGCCAAAUCACGCUUUGUGUACACACAUUAUACUCAAACAGUUAUGGUCUCCAAAGAUUAGCAUUUCCUCCUAGAACCAGCUGUCUUACUUUGCUUCACACAUUGCAGUCUUUAACCUCUAUUUUCAACAGACAGCAAAUAGUUAUUUAGUCUGAGGGCGGUGGGCAAGAAGUUUCUGUCUUUAGGAGUAAAUAGACAAUUUUUGUUUUGUUAAAGAUAACCAGAACUGGUGCAUCAUGGACUGUCAGUCAGCUUUUCUCCUUUCACUUCAGAUCUUCCAAUAUCUUGUGAUAAAGCUGCAGAUUUGAUGUCCUGGAAAGUGUCAGAUCAACAGCAUCUGCUUUCAUAAGACCACAGUACAGUACAAUCUAAAUUAAGUAAAGCAGCGCCCUGAAUAUGAUGGGUGUCUUUUGUUUUUUUGCAUCCUUUAUGUUUUGAAAUGCUCAAAGCGGCAUUUUUUCCCCCAAAGCUGAGGUAUGUUUAUUGCUUUUCACAUUGUCGUAUGGCAUGAAUAAUUAAGUGAAAUUGAGAUAUGAAGCAGAAAGAACAUCAAGCCUCUAAAUGCAAACAAGCAGAGGGUAGAGAAAGGGUAAUGGGCAAGAUAGUAGUCAUUUCUGUAUGAUUGAGAAAAGAUGAAAAGAACGGGUCAUAAACCUAACUGUGCAGCAUUAUGAAGCACAUUUUGCAAAAAUGAUAAGAGAUAAAUAUAGCCUUAUUUAUUUUUGUUAUUAUUCAUUUGUUUCAGGAUCAAAAAGCACAAAGAUUUCACAGGAAACUAAUGUAAUUCUGGUACACUCUGACAUCACGUGUUGGUACCAUCCUGUAUUGUUGCAGUAUUUUUUCGUUGAUGUGUAUUGUCGCAUAUUGUGCUGAAAAUGCUACAUCCUUAUACACAGUGUGAAAUUCGUACUGUAUGGAUGUUGUGUUUUUGCCCAGAUUUAAACAGCUAUUGAUUUGAAUUUGAAGACAAAUUCAAGGCUCAUGCCCAUCAGAUAUUUAUGUACAUUAUAACAGCCAUUUGACCUUUUGCUAAACCCCUCCCCAGUACAGCAAUUGUCCAAUCACAGCUUGGUAACUGUAACUAGGCAAGUCCGCAGGCUUGUCCAGCUUUAAAUUUCUCCACAAGUUAAGGCGUCCAAGAACAGUCUAACUCUGUAUCUCAAGAAUUUGGAGGGUGAUGUCUUUUCUUUGGUAGUUGCAAAACCUAAAACACGAGUGCAAAUGUGAAGAAUGGUUUAAAGUUUUCUUUAUCUGCUACAACGUAAGCUGCAAAAGGCCUGCCUACAUUUGUUUUUUGUUUUUUUUUUAAAUAUCAUUUUUUGAGCUUUUUCUCAUUAUUCGAUAGGACAGCUAUAGCAGGAAAAUGGGAGAAAGAGGGGAUGACAUACAGCAAAGGGCCAAGGCCGGAAUCAGACCUGCAGCGCUCGCUCUACCAGGUGAGCUAAUAGGCAACCUAGGCCAAUCUACAUUAGUAACCAGGCAUAGCGUUAUUUGCAGUCAGCAUUUUAAUAGGUUACCACAUUAUUUCAUGAGAUUACAGGUUACAUUAGAAAAACAGUGUUCAGGGCUGACAUAGCAUGGGAGCCAAAAUGCUUCUAUAUCAAAAUUUACAGCAACAGCAAACUUCUGUAUUUUAUUGUUGUUGUUGUUGUUUUGUGUCCCUUUGUAUCAUUCUGUGUCCCCUCUCUAAAUUUGUAGUUUUUUUGCAGGUCUGUUAGCGCAGCGCAGGCAGAAAACUCCAUAACUGAUCUGUCAAACCGUUCACAGCUGAUUGGAUCAGAUAGAUGGAUGAGAGGAGCAGCUGUUUGUGAGUAAAAGCAAACUUUUAGACCCAGCAGAAUAAACGGUUAAAUUUCACUUUUAAUGCGCCUGACAUCAUGCUGCUCCAUCUCUGCCCAGUGUGUGGCUAUGAAUAACCGAACAGUAUACAUAUAUUCUAAUAGCGCUCCCAAUAAACGGUCUAGUUCCAAAAAGUAAAAAAAAAAAAGCUAUUCGUGGCAGCAGAUGAUUUAAUUGUGGUGGGCUGCCACAAAUAAAUGAAUAUGUGGGGAAACCCUGGUCUACAUGUUCUGUACGGGUCAACAACUGUUGAGCAUGCUGACACUGGCCUGCAUGUAGCAUUAGCCUCUAUGUUUUAGCAUGAUAGCAUGUAUGCAGCCACCAUUCACAUGUUAAAUAGCUUUUUACAGGGUUCUCGUUUUAAAACAUGUUUGAUGGAAAUAGUAAAAAGUAAUAAUUUUAGCAAACAAAAGUAUGGUUGUCAGCUAGAUAUGCUUUUGUUUACUUGUGUAUGAUAUCAAAGAACUAGUGGUUUAAAAAUUACGGCCAAUUUGAUGGUAAAUCUACCAAUGGUAUCUCUAUAAACUGCAUGUUUGCAGAGCAAGAAUGGAUAGCGCGACAGGCACAGCGACAGGAACUACAGAGGGCGGGGCUUAGCAAAUGGUCAAUUUCAACAUGGGAUCAAAUACAAUCCAAAAGGGUAAUGCCACUGAAUUUCAUAUUCAUAUUCUGCCAUUUUUAUUUCUUAUGAAAGUUGGGUCUAUUUUAGUGAACAACACCUAAAAUUGCUAAAGGUCAGGGUGAAGGAGAGAGGGUUUGGAGGAGACAUUUAGGAACUUGGCUCCCAGGGAAAAUCUGAAAUCAUUUUUAUUUUUUUGGUGUGAGAUGAAGAAGGUUCUCAUGUACGGUAAACAAAAACAUUUCACAGCUUAAUACCACUAGAAAAAUGGGUUUAUUAGGUUGGGUUGCUUCCCCUUCCCAGGUGAGAAACCGCUUUUCUAUGUCAAGGUGCAGACCUCAGUCACAGAGUCAGAGGGAGAGUUUUUAUACAUAUCAUUAUCAUUUCCAACUACUGUGUAGUUACUGUAUAUUAACAAAUUAUUAUGUUAGCUUAGCUGUUAGCUUGAAGCAUAUGUUAGCAUGACAAUUUCCUUUCUCUUACUCAUUUUAUUAAGUAACAACUGUCAGCACACUAGAGCAUGCACUGUCAAGUUACCUACAGUAUAAAGUUCAGAUUCAUGUCUAUUUUUCUAUUAAAAACCUUUCAGAAUGAAGCAUUUAUUUACUCUGUCAGUCCCCAAAGUAAUUUUCUGGCAUUGCGCACCCUGGAAAGCAGAGAUACUGAUGGCUGCUUUCGUACAGUUUGUCUUGACAUUGCUUAAAAUACCAAAAUCCAUGUUAUGUUUUGUCAGAUAAAUGUCAGAAUGGCUCAAAUCUAAAUGAAGUGACGGAGAGGAGUGUGACGCUGUGGCUGCAGCUGAAUGCAUUUCCAAAUGUCAA